AUGCAAAACCACCAGUCCCAUCCCACUGGAUCUGUACCAUUCACAGAAGCGAAUGUGUCAUCAUUUCACGGCCAUAGACGUGAACGUGGACGCAAACGUCGUGGUGGUCAUGGAUAUGGUCGCAAUAAAAAUAAUGAUAAUAAUCAUAGUGGUCAUAAUUCCUCAUUGGUUCCCAGAAGGAACUCCACACCGUCCCACCAGAAGUGGAAUUCAAAUGCGACGAAGCAGGCAAAAGAAAAAGCUUUGCAGAACAAAGCUCCUGAGAUAUAUGAUGACAAGCCUUACUAUAGAUGUGGAAUGAAAGGUCAUUGGUCGCGUACCUGUCGUACGCCCAAACAUCUAGUUAAUCUUUACCGUGCCUCAAUGAAUGAUAAGGGUAAAAGAAAGGAAAUUGAAAUGAAUUUUGUGGAUGAUGACUUACCAACUGAUAUUACUCACCUUGAUGUUUCGGACUUCUUUGUUGAUCCUAGUGAUAAUAUUAAUCAUUUGAUUAGUGAUGGAAAUGUCCAUACCAAUUAA